AUGCGGCUAUUUUCCGCUAUCCCGCUGCGCAAAUCUCGAAUCCAGUCAUCAGUUCGGAUCGACACGCCGAUCCUAGGCACUCAUAUCCUGGAUGUUGGCCGAUGUCGCAUGGGGAAACUCACUGAUGAACGCAAGCGGGAGCUGUGGGGGCAGUUUAUCAACAUGAAUCACAAACGGGUAUUCCGCUACCACUUCAAGAAGCCAGGGCUCAAGUAUGGGCAUCAGGCUUGGAAGCGCAGCAAGGCCCAAAUGCGGGAAGAAGUCAAGCAGCUGUAUUUUGAGCACCACAUCGCCGAACUACGGGAGGCUCCAAACAUCGUCAGCAUUGAUCCGGGCAAAUACACAUCCAAUCAACGGGCGGUCGAGACAAAGUCUCGGUACUUUCAAAGAGACAUGAGAGAGCGAAAGAUCAAUGCCGCCAUCCCUGAGAUGGAAUCACAUAUUCCAUCGCACAAGAGCAUGAACAUCGAGGCGUUCUCAGCGUUCAUCGUGGAUUACGAACAUGCGGAUCCCGCCCUGGAUGAGUUUUACCAGGAUGAGAUUCACGUCGCUCGCAGAUUCAAGGCGUUCUCACUGCGGCAAAAGUCUGAGAGCAAGCUCAUUAAGAACAUGCGACGCCGGUAUGGAAAGCAUUUUUCGGUCAUCUUGGGUGAUUGGAGCGAUGCUGGGAAAACGAUGCGCUUUCAGGAGUCAUCGAAAACCAAGGGAUUCCGCACACUCUUUGCGAGAAACGGCAUUCCAUGCUACUUGCUGGAUGAGUAUCGAACGUCGUCCGUGUGCCCCGACUGCCAUGGGCAUGUGAAGAAAAACAUCUGA